AUGCAGACCCCUGACUAAAAGAAAAAAAAACCAUAAAUUGCUAAAAUUAGUCUAUAAUCAGAACAAGCUCAACCUGUUCUUAAUCUUUCUGAGAAUGGAUCUCUCAUUCUCAAAGAAUUUCGUCUAAAUGGUUAAGGGCUUAAAGUAACUCACACACAUGACCAAUGGGACUUUUCACUCUCUGAAUCUACUCAUAAUUUAUCGCUUGAAAAUUUAGUAACAGUUGGGCAUUUAGGUCAGGGUGCAUCAGGUCAAGUUGAGAAAGUUUAAGAUUAAGUCACAGGACAAUAUUUCGCAAUGAAAAAAAUUCCCGUCGCCUCCGAUCCCCAAUAUUUGAAACAACUAUCAGACGAAUUAAAACUUGCUCUAGAAUGCAGUUCACCUUAUGUUGUCAAAUGCUAUGGUGCGUUUUACAAAUCUGGAACCUUACACAUAAUUCUUGAGUAUAUGGAUGUCGGAUCAAUCGAUUCUUUGAUAAAGAAAGUGAAAAAUCUGAAUGAACCUGUUAUGGCUUUGCUUUUAUAUCAAAUUCUUUUAGGAAUUGAUUAUUUACACAACAAAAAGAAAAUCAUUCACAGAGACAUUAAACCAUAAAACAUCCUAGUCAACAAGAAGGGCGAGAUCAAGAUCACCGACUUCGGCAUCUCAGGCACAAUAGAAACUAUGCAAUAAAGAAAAACUUAUGUUGGAACUGCAGUUUAUAUGUCACCUGAAAGAUUGAAUGGAGAAAUGUAUGGAAAGGAUUCUGACAUAUGGUCCAUUGGUAUUUUGACUGCAGAAUGUCUGAUGGGCAAACAUCCCAUAUAGAAAACUCAAUUUAUAGAUAUGGUUAAUGAAAUUAGUUCAUUUAACAUUGAGAAUGUUCAAGCAAAGAUUUCAGCAGAAAUGAAAAACUUCAUAUCAAUGUGGUAAUCAUAUUUAUUAAUUUCAAGCGUAAAAUUGAAACCAGAGGAGAGAGCAACAGUUGAUUAAUUGUUAAAUCAUAAAAUCAUUCUAAGAACUAAAAAAAUUGAUAAGAUGGUUUUCUUAUAAUGGCUGAAUUAAGUGACAUAAUUAUGA